AUGGCGCUUCGUGCAAAUCAGAGUGAAAAUGUUCCAAAAGUGGAGAUGUCUGAGGAAGCUCGCCUUAAACAAUAUAAGAAUGAUAUGCGUCGCCGCAGGAACGAAACCAGUGUUGAAAUUCGCAAACAGAAAGGCACUGAGCUACUGAUGAAACGUCGAAAUCAGUUGGUGGAGGAUGAAGACGAAGGGGAACUCUCAGAUUUGGAUGUGAAAACAAUGCCUGCAGUAUCUAGUCGACUUACCAAUGAGGAAAUCAUCAAAAUUCUUUGCGACAAUCCAACCCUGGAACAGAUGAGAACUUGCUUUGAAGCACUCCGUCGUACGCUGUCACGCUCAAGAUCCACCCUGAUCAACUGCGGUCUUGUGAAUGCUUUGGUGCAGGCACUUGCUGUCGAGGACGAUAAGGUUCGAUUUGAAGCCGCCUGGGCGUUGACAAACAUCGUCUCUGGUACGUCGGAACAAACCGUAGCCGCUGUUGAAGCCGGUGCCACACUUCCUCUAGUCAAACUCACGCAGAGCACCAAUCCUGCUCUAGCUGAACAGGCUUUAUGGGCUGUUGCAAAUAUCGCUGGAGAUUCGGCUCAACUUAGGGAUUAUCGCCUGGAUUCCUUGGAAGUCAGCUGUGCUCGCACUCUCGCGUGGGCGUUUUCGAAUAUGUGUCGACACAAAAAUCCCCAUGCACCAUUGACAGUUCUAUCAGUGCUGAGCAAAGGAUUAGCGAAAAUUGUGGCUCAUGAAGAUAAGCAAGUGCGACAGGACGCCUGCUGGGCUAUUUCCUAUCUCACUGAUGGACCCGACGAGCAAAUCGCUUUGGCAAAGACAAGUGGUGUUCUUCCUCAUGUGAUCAAAUUCCUUAGCGAUUCCGAUGCUAUGGUGGCUCCGGCACUUCGUGUUCUUGGUAACAUGAGCACAGGGAACGAUGAGCUAACACAGUGUGUUGUGGAUUUGAAGACAUUGGACGAGAUCAUUCCGUUGUCGGAACGAUCAAGGUCGACCACGGUUGUGAAGGAGUGUUGCUGGCUCGUUUCUAACAUCAUUGCUGGUACUCAAUCCCAAAUCCAAGCGGUUAUUGACGCCGGAAUUAUGCCUUUCAUUAUUGAAGUGUUGCGUUCGGGUGACUUCAAAUGUCAAUUCGAAGCGUCGUGGGCUGUGGCAAACUUGGCCCAAGGCGGUAAUUCUAAGCAGAUUCUAACUCUUCUCCAAGACAACGCGAUUCCAGCAUUGUGUAGUGCUCUCAAACAGAGCAAUGUAGAUUUACUCAAUAAUGCGCUUGAAACUCUUUACACGUUGCUGACCACAGUGUCUACAUGCAUACCUGAGAGACUGGACGAGGUUCGUGAAGCUGUAGAGGAAGCAGAUGGACUGGAUUACCUGGAACGUCUUCAAGAGUCUGAGUCGGAUAAGGUUUACUCGACAGCCUACCGUAUCAUUUCGGACUUCUUCAGCGAGGAUGACCACGAAGAAGACCAGAAAGCCUCUGAUGGUAAUGAGCCUGCACAGUACAGCUUCUAA